CACGUUGACGAUUUCGCCGUCAGAGUUAGAGGAAACCGGACAGCGUGGUUUACCGUCAUUGUUUAGCAUUAAGAUUUAACUGACAGCGCUUCACUCUCAGUCAGUAUAACUAGUUAAAAAAUAAUAAAAUGUCAGGACAGUCGUCGUUGUUACUGCGUAAACAACUAGCAGAGCUCAACAAGAACCCAGUGGAAGGCUUCUCUGCUGGUCUUGUCGAUGACGAUGACAUAUAUCAGUGGGAGGUGGUUGUCAUGGGACCUCAGGACACAUUGUUUGAAGGAGGAGUGUUUAAAGCCAGUUUAACUUUUCCCCGGGACUAUCCUUUGAGGCCUCCUAAGAUGAAGUUUGUCACAGAAAUCUGGCAUCCAAAUGUGGCAAAAAAUGGUGAUGUCUGUAUCUCCAUUCUUCAUGAACCUGGAGAAGACAAAUAUGGCUAUGAGAAGCCGGAGGAGCGCUGGCUGCCAAUCCAUACAGUGGAGACCAUAAUGAUCAGUGUGAUAUCCAUGUUGGCGGACCCCAACGGAGACUCACCUGCCAAUGUAGAUGCAGCAAAAGAAUGGAGAGAAGACCGUAAUGGAGUUUUCAAGAAGAAAGUGGCCCGAUGUGUGCGGAGAAGUCAGGAAAUGGCAUUUGAUUAAGACGUUGGCUCGGCUUUCGGUGCGGUUGGAAAAGUGGAGAACUUUGACAGUCAGCUCGGGGAUCAUGGGACACAAUUUACACAUUUAAAAAAAAAAACCUCAAAGGAAGAGAAAGUUCGUAACCCAUAAAUGCUCAGGUAGCAUGUGCAGCGUUUUGAUCCGAGUUGUCACACGUUGUUUUGUUUUUUUUUCUAGUAUUGUUGUUAUUUAAGUUUAGUUGGAGUGACAAAAGGUGCCAUUUAAGAGGGCAACACCUUUUCACAUAUUAUUAUGAAAAUGAGUUUCUAUGAAGACACUUUAGAGUAAGGAAUUGUUCAUUCUGAAAAACAAAAAUACAUAAAUUCCACCACAGUUACCUUGGAAUGAACCUAUUUAUUAAACCUGAGCCUAUUUUAAUGUGUGUUUAAUCUGUCCUGUCCUUUCCUUUUAUUUUCAACCUGUCGCACUGAGCCAAAUCCGUCUUUGUUUAACAAUCUAUGAUGCGUUCAAGGUGUUGUGAUACUGUGAUACUGUAACAGGUCAAGAUGGAGACACUGGCUUUUCUCACUGCCUUAACUCCAAGGAAGUAGUGCAGGCAGAAGUAUAGUAUCAUUGAAACUAACCAAAGAACACACAAACAAAUACUUAUUUUUGUAAUGCACACAACAUUUUUACUUUUGUAAAUAAAAAUGCUGUCCUGGCUUUUGCAUGGGAACGUAAGAUCUUUGUCCAAAGGAGAGAGGACAGCAACCAUGGAUUGAGUUCUUACCUGUUAUUUGCAGACCUAGUAUUGUUAUUGUAGAUGAGGAGCUGGGAAUGUGUGCGGUUUGAUAUUUGAUUUUUCAUUGUCAUAAUAAAGCCCAAGGUGGAAAAUAA